UUCCACUUCCCAAUGUCCAUCAACCAACCAACCAAGCUGCUAGCCGGCACGCCCCGUCCCGAUCACACCUGCAGCUGAACAUAAUGGUGUUUCUUGUUGUUCACACAGUGUUUCGUCUGUCCUCCGUACACUCACUUUCAUUGAGACCAGUGGCGUUGUCCUGUGGCGAGGAAGGCAGCCCUAUAGAUCUAUCGCAUGGAUGUAUCACACCACGGCUGCAGUUGCCGGGAAGAGGGGAAAGAAGAAGACGAGGGAAGAAAAAACAAAUUACGGACACCUCGAAAAUAAUAUUCGAGAAGCCAGCUCAUACCAUUGCACCCUCAAAGCCCAUUCAAAUUCACGUUUCAUCUCUUACCUGGUGGGAUUGCUUACCACUUGACUCUCUGCUCCAGGUAUCUCGGUUUCCAUGUCCAUGCACUGAUGCUACAACGACAAACGCAUCAUGGAUGAAACGCACCGCCACCCACUUUUUGUUCUCACCUCGGACCCAGAGAGUUCGCUCGCCAGAAAGUGGAUGAUAUGUCAUAUCUCUAGUCUGCAGCACCAGCGCUAAUAUUGCGCCCCUCCGUAUCCUUUUCUGGAGCCCAGAUGGUCGAUCCUUCCAUUAAAGCCUUUCCCGGAACUCUGGAUA